AUGAGGUUAGGUGCAAGAAUAAUGACUGUUAUCUGCACAGUGAGCGGUAUUUUCAGUUUGAAGCAAAAAGGGAGAUGUGUCUCUUUGAAUUUUUCAGGCAGGAAAGAAGGGAGCGUACCUCGUGAAGUAUUCGAGAGUAUGAUGAGAGGGGAGCAGAUUGUAGAGCUCGAUAUUAGUAAAAAUAAUAUAGAUAGACUGCCUCCCUAUUUCGAAAAUCUUUCGUGUGUGAGGACGCUUGACGUCAGUGACAAUCAGCUGAAAUAUCUAUCUAAUUCGAUAUCAGGCCUAUCAUCACUAGUAAGGUUGAACCUCAAUAACAACAACCUCCUCUCUCUUCCUGAAGAAAUAACAUUCCUGGAGCACUUAGAGGAACUGAGCGUCAGAAACAACCAGCUGCGGCAGCUGCCCGAAAACAUAGAUAACAUGAACAGUUUGGUUAGGCUGGAUUUUGGAAACAAUGAGCUAAUGGCAUUGCCUUUUGGAAUAGGAGCUCUUGAGAAUUUGAAAAGGCUCGACCUUGGGGGAAAUCUGUUCAAUACAUUGCCUCCAAUACUUGGAUAUCUGGAAAAUUUGGAGGAAAUCAUCUUCACCAAAAACAAAAGGCUUCGGAAAAUUCCAAGAAAGCUAGUUCAAAUGCUUGCAGAUAGGAAGAAUCUAGUCUUGCUGGACUUGCGAGGCAACAACCGCCUGAGAAAGGAAAGCAGUGAUGGAAAUGUCGGGUGGAAGGAGUUAAGGGAAAUUUUCGGGAGCAGGAUAAGGCUUUCGCAGGAUGAGAAGGAAUAA